UAAGUGCACCGACUGAGAGCUGUGCAAACACUGAGGGAGGGGAUUGAUUUUAAUAUUGAUGAUCAAAAAAAANGCGCAGCCAAUCGUGGGCUCUGACGUUUUCGGAUCUCUGCAACUUUUAUCACAAGUUCCCACAGCGAAGGCGAUCCCCUUUCCCGGAUUACUGGGUGUUGGGGGAGGGUCAGGGACAGGUGUCUGUGUAGGUGAGGAGGAGAAGAGAGAGAGAGAGAGAGAGAGAAGUUUCUCAAUCACUGACUUCUGAGACUUUCUCCAUCGCUGUGAGGACCUAUUUGAAGCCCCUCCAGCAUUGAAACCUUGGAUAAACAUUGCACAUCUCUGAAAAUGUCUUUCAAAGAUCUGACAUCUAGAGCAGUACGGUUUUAUGAUGAAUGGCUCAAAGAUGCUGACCCCAGAGUUGAAGAUUGGCCAUUAAUGUCUUCUCCACUCCCUCAAACUAUUAUCAUUGGAGCCUAUAUCUAUUUUGUAACUUCUUUUGGGCCAAAGUUUAUGGAAAACAGGAAGCCAUUUAACUUGAAGCAGAUCAUGAUUGUGUACAACUUUUCCUUGGUGCUGUUUUCAAUAUACAUGUGCUAUGAAUUUCUCAUGUCUGGAUGGGCCACAGGAUACUCGUUCCACUGUGACAUUGUGGAUUAUUCCAGUUCUCCACAAGCCCUCAGGAUGGCAUGGACCUGCUGGCUUUUUUACAUGUCAAAGUUCAUCGAAUUGUUGGACACUAUCUUCUUUGUGCUUCGAAAAAAGAACAGCCAAGUGACAUUCCUUCACGUAUAUCACCAUUCUAUCAUGCCUUUCACAUGGUGGUUUGGUGUCAAAUUUGCUCCAGGUGGUCUUGGAACCUUUCAUGCUCUUGUAAAUUGUGUUGUACAUGUCAUCAUGUAUGCUUACUAUGGCCUUUCUGCAAUGGGACCAGUUUACCAGAAGUAUCUGUGGUGGAAAAAGUACAUGACUACAAUUCAGCUAAUCCAGUUUGUGACUAUUACUGUUCAUAUAGGGCAGUUCUUCUUCAUGAAAAACUGCCAGUACCAAUACCCAGUCUUCCUCUACAUCAUCUGGCUGUAUGGAGUUGUGUUCAUGAUUUUGUUCCUCAACUUCUGGUACCAUGCUUACACAAAGGGUCAGAGGUUGCCAAAAGACAUGACGAAGAAACAGAAGAAAGAGCAUUAAAAAUUCUACCACCAGAAUAUAAUUCUAACACUGGAAUGUAAUUGACUGGUACUUCAAGCUCUAGAUAAUUUUGAGGAACAUGUACAUUGUGGAGUACACAUUUUUAAAUUGGAUAAUAUGUAUUUGUGAUGAAUGUAAUGUUUGUGAUAAUUUUGUUGUUACCAAAGCAUGCUACCAUGUAGCUGCUAAACUUGUCAAAGUAAAGCUCUUUAGAAAGUGGCACAAUCCUCACAAUCUCGAUACUUUGCCUGAGCUCUAAACCAUGCCUAUUGUUUCACCUGCUGCAUUGUGGAGAAGUCCAUCUUAAAACAUUGCAUUACUCAAUCCCUUCCUGUUCUAAACUGGAUUUAAAGUAGGAUGGCACACAAGACUCCACUUCUUGCUGUGCACCUUGAACAUGGGUAAUGUUCAGCAAUUGUAGUGAUGUUGCUGGUUCCAACGUAUUAAUGUAAAUAAGGCAACUUUCAAGAGGGUUUUCCUUCAUAUAGUCAAGAGGCUUAUCUUGUAUUUAUUAUGAUUUACAUUAACCACAUUGUAACUAAUCUAACACUUAAUUUUCAUUUACAUUGGAAUUCGCUUUAGUCAGACACAUCAGGGCAGGAAGUUUUGUCUGAUCUACCCAGCGUCGGGUAACCAAAGUUCUUACCUUUCUCUUUUUCCGCUCAGCAAAUCGUCUCCUCUGCUGAGCUCCUCUUCCCUCCCAUUGCAGUUCUCAUCGUUCUGGAUGUGGACCGAUUAGUAGCAGCUCCAAGAGGUGUCAAUCAGAGCCGCUGCUAAUUGGUCCCCUUCACUUCUAACGGAUGCAGUCACUGUCCCCCCCAGACCCGCUUGCGAAUGUUUGGAGUCUGCUGUCAAUCUCAAUGUGACUCCUCCCAUCUCUAUUCCAGAGCUGCUUGUGGUUAAAUGGAGCCACUUGCGGCACAGAAGCCACUUGCGGCACAGUGAGUACAUUCAGCAGUGAUCAGUGCGGCAUUUUGCACGGAUUAACUGGAUUUUUGUCCAAAUUAAUAGACGUAUUUAAAAUGGGUAAGAAACAAACGAAUCAGGGCCAGUCGUUUCAUUCGAUUUACCUGAUGUCCGACUAAAGCGGAUUCCACUGUAUUUUUAUGAACUAUCGUUGGCUCUUUUUCAUUGAUACCAAACCUAUUUAACAGUAGAUCAUCAAUAGAAUUUUUUUCUCUGUUGCCAUUUCAACACAGAUAAAAGGGCCUGAGUUCCUUUAUUUUUAGUUGUGUGACUGAGUAGUGAAAUUAGCUUUUUAUGCUCAACACUCAAAUGCCCUAUUUAUAGAUUUAUUCAGCUGCAGCCUAUAUCAAGGAAAACAGACACUGAGGGGAGAAAAAAUAGUGGCUGAAUAGAGAAGGCUAAACACUAGCAUCAGUGUUAAGAUUGUAUAAUUUUGAACAAUGUUUUCGGCUGAGACACGGUAUGAUAAAAAGACGUGAUUUCUUUUAAUUUUAAAUAAAUUAUUAGAUUGGAUAAAUCUGAGGGAUGUUUUUAGAUGGUUCUAUUCCAUUAGUGGAUAAAGGGAUUUGACAGAAAGUUGACCUUUUUUUAAAGAAAAUCUGAGGCAUACGAUAGCCGGGGAUUUUUGUAAUAUAGUUGUUGAAUGAAUUGGGAAGAAAGUUGUAGGAAGUGUCUGAAGACUAACUUGGAGGAGAGAAAGAGAUAUGAAUGUAACUCAGGAAGAGAGAGAUGUAGAUUGUAAUUUGGAGAGAGAAAGAUGUAGAUUAAUUUGUGGGGUGAGAGAUAUAGAAAAAGAAAUUAGAAGGAGCAUGAACAGUUCUUGUACUCUUUGGCUUUGGCAGGAGGUUUGUACCAGACUGAAAUUGAAGGAUGAAAAGUAUGUGUUAUUGGGAAAAUGGGAAAAAGGCAUAAUCUUUCACUCUCGAUUACAAUGCAACCAUAUUUUACCUAAUGUUUCGGAAGGUGCCAAAGAAGGCAGUGAUCACAGAAAAGAGCUUUAUUGCAUGAUCCACAGAUUUCCUGUUCCAACAAAUGGCAGCAUUUUAAAGUGAGCAGAAAUGUUAAGUAGCUUGUUAGUGAACAAUGAAUUUGUUUUGUAUAUAGGAUUUACUGGGCUGUUGCAGUUUCGGGAGUGGGGGAAAAAAGGAUCAUUUUAUCCUCCUGCCCAGAACUCUUUUUUUAAAGGGGGAGCUAUACUGGAAUUGGCCAUUUUAAAUGGAAAAGACCUGCAAGGCGAAUAUCUUUCGAGUAUUGUUCCAAGUAGGCAGCAGAUAAAUUGAAGCUGAGUGAAUUAGAAACCUGCCACUUUCUAAAAAGGGUUGAAUUUUACUUUUACAUUUCCAAAUCCAAGUACUGUUAGGUUAUUGUAACUUGAACGAGUAAUGCAGGUUUUCUUUGAAAGACUACAUGAAACCAUAGUUGGUGGAAAACUAAUGACACAGAUGCAUUUUGACAAGAUUGCCACAAGUGACUUUUUAUUGAGAGAACUAUGUUGGGUAUUGAACAUAUUCCUGGAAGUUUAUCUUUGUGUAAUAAUCCAAUACAUAACUUUUGUCUCCAUUAUGUAGUUUCCAUUAUCUUUAUUACAGGCAUUUUUUCAAAUGAAUUUCUUUCAUAUGUGGCGAUACUUGUUGGGAUGAAUGUCUUCAAAUCAGACAUGAUGACUUUAUAUGCACUGUUCUCAAAGAAAAUACUGAUUUUUAAAAAAAUAAAUCUUAUUCCAUUGAAAUGAUAGUAGAUUGCAUAUUUGUCUUAAGGGGGUGUAUCUGUAUUUUAUUGAUAUUUUGCGUGAAAGGGUUAAAAAGAAUCUCCUGAGAUCAUUGAAGUUAAGUAAUCUUACCAGAGGAUAUUUUGUGUUGUAAAAUGGUAUAUCUGAGAUUUUGUAUUUUUAUAUUAUCUUUGCUACCUGUGUUUUUUAUAAAACUGCACAUCAGUCCUGGCCACAUGCUGUUAAUAAUGAGCCCUCUAAGGCACAGUGUCCUUUUGACUUCAUGAUCUGACUCUCUCCUGAAGUAUGUUGGAGGGUGUCUUCAUUGGAAAAAAUAAGAUUCUGUAAGGUGAUCUAAAACUUUUUCUGAGAUGACCCACUGUUAUUAAGUGCACCUCUUGUAAAUGACUACAACUAUGCAUUAAUGCAUGUACUGAAUUAAAAAAAGCAGGAUGAUUA